UCCUCUCUUCAGAGCAUUUAAAUGGGCACAGAGUCCAGUUUCAGGAGAAUGGUGCUGGCCACUUGUACUCCGAGAGCCCAUCACAGUUCAGGGAGUAUCUCACACAGCCAUCGUCUGAACACACUUCAUCCUCAGAGAGUACUGUGACGUCCAGUGAUUCUGGAUCAGACACUUUGCACAUGGCUUCUGGUGACCUUGACUGCAAACCUCUCUGUGAGAAGGAAGAGGAAGCAGGAGCAGCCUCUGCCAUGCCAGGCGCCAGUCCAGCUUCAGAGAAUGCAGCUUGUGGAGACCCAGUGUGUGUGAGUGUAGCCAAGGCUGCAUCCCAGCAGGAAGCAGGAGAGGAACUCAGAACUACGGAGGAAGGAGAGAAGGGCAGUGCCUCGGGAGAAACAGAGGUUUCCACCCCUCCCAAAGCAUCUGUGAAGCUCCUUAACUUUCAGCAGAGUGAAAACACUUCAGCAAAUGAGAAGGAGGUGGAGGCAGAGUUCCUCAGGUUAUCUUUGGGACUUAAGUGUGACUGGUUUACAUUGGAGAAGAGGGUGAAGCUUGAAGAGAGGUCCCGGGACCUGGCGGAGGAAAACUUGAAGAAAGAAAUCACAAACUGUUUAAAGCUUUUAGAGUCACUGACACCCCUGUGUGAAGAGGACAACCAGGCUCAGGAAAUCAUUAAGAAGCUGGAGAAGAGCAUAAUGUUUCUCAGCCAGUGCACAACCCGUGUGGCCAGCCGGGCUGAGAUGCUGGGGGCUAUCAACCAGGAAAGCCGGGUGAGCAGAGCGGUGGAGGUGAUGAUCCAGCACGUAGAGAACUUAAAGAGGAUGUACGCCAAAGAGCACGCAGAGCUGGAGGAGCUGAAGCAGGCGCUGCUGCAGAACGACAGGUCUUUUAACUCUCUGCAAGACGAAGAUGACUGUCAGAUUAAAAAGCGCUCAUCUUCUCUAAAUUCCAAGCCAUCUUCUCUUCGAAGAGUGACCAUUGCCUCUCUACCCAGGAACCUUGGAAAUGUGGGGAUGGUGUCAGGCCUGGAAAAUAACGACAGAUUCAGCCGGCGGUCGAGCAGCUGGAAAAUCCUGGGGACAAAGCAGGGUGAGCACCGCCCCUCGCUGCACCGCUUCAUCAGCACCUACUCCUGGGCCGAUGCUGAUGACGAGAGGUGUGACAUGAAAACCAGAGACACCCCGGAACCGCCAGGGGAAGAGGCCGUAGAGAGGACCAGGAAGCCCAGCCUUUCUGAGAGGAGAAGCAGUUCAUCGGCCUGUGACAGAGGCACAGUCUGCAGCUCGUUGGCUUCCUGGGUCGCUCACCUGCAGGCGUCCUUCCAAAGGGCCAACAAAGCGCUCUGGCUUGUGGGGCUCUUCAUCAUACUGUUCGCAGCGCUGAUGAGCGUCCUCACGGGUCAGCUCUUCCAGACAGCCGUGGAGGCUGCACCCACACAGGAAGGGGACUCCUGGAUGUCUCUAGAACACAUCUUCUGGCCAUUUACCAGACUUGGGCACGAUGGACCUCCGCUGGUGUGACUGCAGGGCAGCUCAAUGCUCGCUUGGAUUUUAACAUUUCCCUCUGAGAUUUGUAACUUAGUAACUAUAGUGCAAAGCUAGGGUCCUCAGCAGCUGAGAUGUUUUAAUUCUCCAACAAAAGCACAGGGGAGGAAUUUCACAAGGGAGGGGACCCCACCUAGGGUAUUUUAAUGAGCUUUCUGAGUUAGAGACAUAAGACUUUAUUGAAAUGUAUCCAAAUAAAGACCAUUCAAAUCUUCCCGCAGUGCAGCCGGAAUGCCGGUUGCUCUCCGAC